CAGAGUGGAGAGCGGAAGGUCAGCGAGGCUCGGAGCGGAAGUGAGACUCAGGAGCCUGUCCGCCAUUGUGGACCCGAGAAGCGGAGAGCAAGAAGGGGGAAGAGGAACGUGCAAGCGGAAAAGACGGGCCCUUUCCGCCGACUCCCGUGCGCGAGGCCCGCUUUUCUCUCUCUCUCAGCGAUCGGCUGCAGAGGCGGCCGCGGGAACAAUCAUUCGCCGAGGGCGGCAGCCGACUGCUGUGAGUGCACGGGGAGAGGCCCAGGCGGCGGCGGCGGCGGCUCCUCUCGGGUUGCGGUGAAGAAUGUCAGCCACUAGCGUGGAUCAGAGACCUAAAGGGCAAGGAAAUAAAGAUCUAUGGGGAAGUGGCACUUUGCAAGGCUAUUUGAAAUGCUAAGUGUCUUGUGUUACCUGCUCUAAGGUGGGAAAACAUGAUGCACACAUCUGUUGACUUUCCUAACUUGAUGUAGUCAGGACCAGAACAAAGAAUCACCUGGCUUCUAAGGCCCAUGUUCUAUCUUGAUUUGACUCUGUUUCAUAGAGCAGAGGGAACAGGCGAAGAAUCAUUUUCAGUACAAAACGGUUCGAUUCAUCAAAAAGAUGCUGUAAAUGACGAUGAUUUUGAGCCAUACUUAAGUAGCCAGACAAAUCAGGCGUUUCAGGAACUGCCUAGGGGAGACCACAGGAAGGAUUCCUUGAUCCCAUGGAGUAACAGCUAUCCACCAAUGUCAGAUCCAUAUAUGCCUAGUUACUAUGCUCCAUCCAUUGGAUUUCCAUAUUCAUUGGGAGAAGCAGCAUGGUCCACGGCUGGAGAUCAGCCUAUGCCAUAUCUGACAACAUAUGGACAAAUGAGUAAUGGAGAGCAUCAUUAUAUACCAGAUGGUGUUUUUAGUCAACCUGGGGCAUUAGGCAAUACCCCUCCAUUUCUUGGUCAACAUGGAUUUAACUUUUUUCCUGGUAAUGCUGAUUUCUCUACAUGGGGGACAAGUGGAUCUCAGGGACAAUCAACACAAAGUUCUGCUUAUAGUAGCAGUUAUGGUUAUCCACCUAGUUCUCUUGGGAGAGCUAUUACUGAUGGACAGGCUGGAUUUGGCAAUGAUACUUUGAGUAAGGUACCUGGUAUUAGCAGUAUUGAGCAAGGCAUGACUGGACUGAAAAUUGGUGGUGACCUGACAGCUGCAGUGACAAAAACUGUAGGUACAGCCUUGAGCAGCACUGGUAUGACUAGCAUUGCAACCAACAGCGUGCCCCCAGUUAGCAGUGCAGCACCUAAACCGACCUCCUGGGCUGCCAUUGCCAGAAAGCCUGCCAAGCCACAACCGAAACUUAAACCCAAGGGCAAUGUGGGAAUUGGGGGUCCUGCUGUGCCGCCACCUCCUAUAAAACACAACAUGAAUAUUGGAACUUGGGAUGAAAAGGGGUCAGUGGUCAAGGCUCCACCAACCCAACCAGUUCUGCCUCCUCAGACUAUAAUCCAGCAGCCUCAGCCAUUAAUUCAACCACCACCAUUGGUGCAAAGCCAACUGCCUCAACAGCAGCCUCAGCCACCACAACCACAGCAGCAACAAGGACCUCAGCCUCAGGCCCAGCCUCACCAAGUGCAGCCUCAACAGCAGCCGCUGCAGAAUCGCUGGGUAGCUCCUCGGAACAGAGGGGCUGGCUUCAACCAGAACAAUGGAGCAGGCAAUGAAAACUUUGGUUUAGGUGUAGUACCUGUCAGUGCUUCACCUUCUAGCUUAGAGGUGCAUCCAGUGCUGGAAAAGCUAAAGGCCAUAAACAACUAUAAUCCCAAAGACUUUGAUUGGAACCUGAAGAAUGGACGUGUGUUUAUAAUUAAAAGCUACUCUGAGGAUGACAUACAUCGUUCUAUUAAAUACUCUAUCUGGUGUAGUACUGAGCAUGGUAAUAAGCGUUUGGAUGCAGCUUACCGAUCCCUGAAUGGUAAAGGCCCACUCUAUUUACUCUUCAGUGUGAAUGGCAGUGGACAUUUUUGUGGAGUGGCUGAAAUGAAGUCUGUUGUGGACUAUAAUGCGUAUGCUGGUGUCUGGUCUCAGGAUAAGUGGAAGGGCAAAUUUGAAGUUAAAUGGAUCUUUGUCAAAGAUGUUCCUAAUAACCAGUUACGGCAUAUUCGCUUAGAAAAUAAUGACAACAAACCAGUAACCAAUUCAAGGGACACUCAAGAAGUACCCCUAGAAAAAGCAAAGCAAGUGCUUAAAAUAAUUGCUACUUUCAAGCAUACCACCUCAAUCUUUGAUGACUUUGCACAUUAUGAGAAGCGUCAAGAAGAGGAGGAAGCCAUGCGUAGGGAGAGAAAUAGAAACAAACAAUAAUCGUAUGGAGAUGUCCUAUUAAAAUUACAACACUAAUGAUGUAGACUCUGGAAAUGCCUAAUAAGUCAAAGAAGACGUUAUUAAAGCUUUUUUUUCUGCUUAAGGUGACAUCUUUGAACACUUUAACACAAAUUGACUCUUCUUGUAAUGGUUUUCAUCAGCGCAUCUGCCCUUAUAUACUCUCACCAAACACACUUGAGAACUGUAACUUUGUCAAGCACUUUCUGUCCUGAAGCUUUUACCAGUAUCUGCUGUCUUUUGUAAUUAUGCAUCCUAGCUUAAGGCACAGAAGACUGAAUGAAUGCAAGGAUUCAUUAACUCUGAAUUUGUUAAAUACUAACAGUUAACCAUUAGAAGUGGUUCAAUGAUGUAAGAGUCACACUGCUUCAAACUUUCUUUGUUGUAGUUUUUAAAUUGUCAAUUUUUAGCUAUAUGACAGAUUAAAAGCAAAAUAAUCAUGCCAUAUUUAGUCCUGAAGUUGAAGUCUAAAUGUUUAUGUGGAAAAUUAUUGUAGUAAACUUUUAAUAUGGCAAAGCAACCUUAAGCUCUAUUUUAGCCAAAUGAAACAUAAUCUGAAAUUAUAUUAGAAUGUUUCCCUGUCUUCAAACUGUUUGGUGUAACAGAAUAUUGAUAUGCAGCUUGGUGGAUUGCACCAAAUAAUGCACAUUCUUCUUCCCUCCUUUCCCUAAUUAUAUGUACCCUGAGAAAUGUGCAUUUGUCUGAGCAAUUAUUUUGUUUGCUACCACUUAAUGAAUCUCAAAAUUUUGAGUACAUGUACCUCAGUCUAAUCAGACUUUUUAUGACCUUUAUAACUACAUUUAAAACCCUUAAUUCCUAUUUCUGGGUGUUUGCGAGCCUGAUUGCUAUCAUGAAGUAAAAAUUUAUUACUCUAGGUAUUCACUAGCUAAAUAAACAUAGUUCUUGUUUAGCAAGCAUAUACAGCUCCUCACCUUUUUUCUCCAGCUUUUGCAAUGUCCUGGCAUCUUUAAAAUACUUUGAAAAUAUGGCCUUGAUCCAUGAAUUAAAUCAGUAUCUAAGUGAAUGUGUUGAUGUUUUAUUGAUCAGAUCUAUAUAAGUGGGAAUACAGCAUAUAUCUGGGUAUUCUUGUAGUUAUCUUUAUAACAUCUUGUUUUUUUCAUUAAUUACAUAUCAACGUUAAUUUUGUAUCUUGAAACAAAUUGAUUUUGUAUAAUUGAAUGUUAUGCGUCUGUAUUAACUGAUUUGAUGGCAUAAGGUUAUAAAAAUAAUGUCCCUUCCCUAUAUACUGUUCCAAAAAAGGAGAAAGCUAUGUAGAAUGAAUGAUAGUUAAGGAUGAAAAUAGCAAUACAGUAGAUUUGAAUACCUUGCAUUACUCCUUUUAUGUUUACAUCAUGUUUAGAAAUGUUUUCAUUUGCUAUGGUCUCUGAUUACUUAAACUCAAAAACCUAGUGACAGAUAUUUGAGGCUUUCAUUUAUGUAAUUUUUGUACAAUAUUUUCUUAAAAUGUACAAAUACUGUACUAUUUCACUAGACUACAGUAUUUGUAGAUAACUGUAGCUACUUCACAAUUAUUUGGUAGUCCCAGUAUAGUUCUAUCAAUGUUUACUGAAGGGAACAUCAAAACGUUAUUGAUAAAAAUAAAGACUUUCUUCAAGGAAAAUUGCACCUAUUUUACCUAUUUGAGACUAAGCCAUGAAAUCUUGUAACAUGUCUCUUAGCUAUUAUAAUGAAAAUCGGCAUUUGGGUAUAGUCACCAGAGCAAUGUUCUAUAUCCUUAAGAUUGUAUAGAUAGGACAUAUCGAAGAUGACUGUUGUCAUUCUGGAAGGUCCUAUUAGAGAAAACUGUAAAAGGGUGACCUUGUAGGAAGGAGCUAAGUCCUCUCCCUGAGGUUCUCUUUUUCUUGGUGCUUUAUUAGCAACUCUGGAUAUUUUUAUAAAACUAGUUACAUUACAAAUGGAUUCAAACUUGUUUAAUUUACAUUAGGUUUCUAUGUAAGAAAUGUCAUGGAAACACCGAAGCAGGCUGACUGCAGUAGACUCAGACCUGUCCAAUGUAGUUGAGAGUCUAUGCAUGGUGAGGAGUACAUCCCAGUGCCUUUAACCUGGAUUUCUGAUCUUAAAGUGGAAUGGGUGCAGCAUUCCUGUGGAAAAAAACAAGACCUUUUCAGCUGAUAAAUUUGUGGUUUUCCCAUUUAAGUUUUCCCCAAAGCACCAACCUUCUUUUCCUUCUUGGUCGUUCAUUGUAUUACAAGAUAAUUUUUUCUCUAAAUGAAAUUAUUACAAGUUGUCUCCAGAGCACAACUAGUAGAAAGUUGUUUAACUGUGGGGACCAAAAGGGAGAGAGCCUGGGCUCUACAGGAGGAGAUACAGAGUUAAAUGUUUGAGUAAUCAUGACUUAAGACAUUAGCCCCAUAAAUUUCUUGCGUUUUUCGAUUUCUGAUUUGAAUGGUUAUUUUAAAGCUACCUUCUGUGGGUAUUUCAUUUUGAAAGGCAUUAUAGUUUGUAUAUUUUAACAGUAAGGGGGGGGGAAAUGUAACCAAAAUUAGUAUUCUUUCUCUAUACUCAUUGGUACUUGAAUAUUCCUUUUAAAAAAUUACAAAAAACACCCAGUCUUUUUCGUACUUAAUUCCUCAUUUUAAUGUCAGUGAUCUUUUUAAUUCAGAAGCUGUGUUAUUUCUGAGUACCAUGCAUGGGGGUUAAGAUGAUAUUAAACAGUUUUCAAUUAAGAAAAAAAAAAGAAUCAGUUUAAGGCAUUUAAUCACUUCAAGUGCAUUCUGCAUCCUUCGGGGGAAAAAUAAGUUUGAGAGAUUUAAGAGAAUUGUGUUUUCAUUAAGUUUUGCAUAUCUUUGUUAUGCCAUGUAAAUUCCCUUUUUCAUAUAAUUAAAAGAAGGUUAUGAUGGAAUGAUUAAUUCAUAUACAUCCACUUGUAGCAGUUACAUGAGAAUUUGAAUUUUGUCGUGUUUGGGUUUGUUCAUUCCUGUGAAUGAUGGUACAGUUAGGUGAGAUUUUCUGUUAUGGUACCCAAACUCACCAUUGGUCCUCUUUAAUCUUUGAGGGUUUCAAUAAAAAUUGUUCACUCA